UUUAAAUAUAUAUAAAAAAAAAAAUUAAAAAUUAGAACAAACCCCUUCUAUUCACGGUUAUUUCAACAAAACCAAACUUCUUCUUCUUCACCUUCCACCUUAAAAUUCCAAACCCAUUUCCUUAAAAAUUCCAAAGCCAUUUUCGAAAUCCUUCCUCCUUCUUCAUUUUUUGUUUCGACAUUCUUGAAACAAGAACUGUAAAACCUUCUUUCUCCUUCUGAUAAUUUCAAAUGCCAACAAGCAAGAUUCAUUCUCAACUCUUGCUCUUGAUUCUCGAUGAAACAGGUCCUUCAUCCUCUUCUUGAUUCGAACUCGUUCCUUCCCUUUUCCUUCUUUUCUGAGCAACAAAAUCGGACAGCAAACCCUACAUUCAUUGAGGUCACGAACACCACUUCUCACGGUGGUUCUGCAACCCUAUUCGGCGUCCCCUCUCUUGAUUCUAGCAUUGGAGUUUCUGAAAUCUGCCGCAGCCUCGAACAAUAUUUGCAAUUUCGAACCACAAUCGCAACUUUCAAUUUUCUGAUUUUGUCGCCUAUCAAGAUUGUUUGUUUACAGAUCCGAACCAGUCGGGAAUGGUGGAUUAGCGGAGUUGAUUAGAGUUUCCAAGGAUGUUAUAAUGAGCUGAGCACGUUAGAGUUUUGUAGUUUUGUACUAAGCUUUGGUAAUAUAUAUAUAUAUUAGUCUAGAGUGUACUGGUUAUAAUUAGACUUUUAUAAAAAAUAUUAUGAUUACUUUAUAUAUUAGAUAGAUGUUUGGAUUGAGAAUUAGCUGAUUUAGUUAUGAUUUAGAACUAAAGACUCUUUGCGCAAGUUUUGGGAUUGAAAUUCGAGGUUCUUGGGAAGUAAACCCCGUGAUGACCCUGUUUACUCAGUCAACGGUAAGUCGGGUUGUUACAUUUUUUAUUUUGAUAAAUGAUCUAUCAUAUAAAUUCCUUUUUCAUAUAGUAAAAUGUUUUUACAAUCUAAUAGUAAUUUGGAUUAUAGUAAAUAUUAAAAAAAAAUGAAAGAAACAUAUCCAAUAGUAAAAUGUUUUUAUAAUCUAAUAGUAAUUUGGAUUAUAUUAAAUAUUUUAGCUGUUAUCAAAUUUAAUUAGUUUAUAAUUUAUUUGGAUCUAAAAAUGGCAAGUUAUACAUAUAUGACUAAUAUUUUUGAUUAAAAGAUAAAUAUUUAUUGACCGUAUUUGGUACGAAAAUCUAUUUAAUUCAAUAUAGAGGCAAAACAUGUCUAAGCGGAGCACAUAAAAGUUAAAUAUUUUUCUAUUUUUAUUAGUUGUUACAUUUUCAGUUUUCAGAUAAUCCAAUGCAUUUUU